AUGUCUUCAUGGGAACAAGCUAAAUUUUCAUUGAGUCCUAGGUCUAAAGGAUCAUAUCUAAUUACAAACGAUGUUUUAAACAACGUCCCACAAAUAAGGGACUAUGAAAUUGGUGUUUUACAUUUAUUUAUAACUCAUACAAGUGCUGCUUUAACUUUAAAUGAAAAUUGUGAUCCUGACGUGAGAGAGGAUAUGACUUCCUCUUUCGACCGCCUCGUACCUGAGGGUGACUACUAUAUUCAUGAUGCAGAAGGACCGGACGAUAUGCCAAGCCAUGUUAAGAGCGCUCUUGUGGGUGUUAGUUUAUCAAUACCCAUAACGAAUGGAAGAUUGAACCUUGGUACUUGGCAAGGCAUUUAUUUACUUGAAUUCAGAGCUUAUAGACACUCUAGGAAAAUCAUUGCAACAAUUAAUGGUUUAAAGAAGACUUAG